GGAGGAGGAGGGCGUCCCAACAGUAUCACAUGUUCAGGCAGAGUCACACUGCCGGCAGUGUUUUGACUGAACAGCAGGAGGAGAAACAGGAAGUACAGAGGAACACAGACCAGGCCAGCUCAUAAGCACACGGUACACAAAAGAUCAGUCUCUCACUCGAAGCUGCAGACUAUGGAGGGAAGUACGACACAAGAUCAAGUUCACCAGGAAGAGAAAGACCGGUUUGGAAGCAGUGAAGGAGGGCAGACGGAUCUGAAGGAGAGAGAGUUGAGACUGGUGCUGCUCGGCUCAGCGGGUGCUGGGAAAAGCAGUGCGGUCAAUGCCAUCCUGGGCAGCCCGACAUCUGAGUCUGACAGUCCAGGCCCUGAGACACCAGCCACCGACUGUCAGAAGAGACGUGGGACGCUGGCAGGACGACAGGUGGCAGUCGUGGACACACCUGACUGCCUGUGCAUCGAGCGUCCCGCAGAAGACGUCCGCCGCCAGUUUUCGCUCUGCGCGGCUUUAUCGGCCCCGGGGCCCCACGCUUUCCUGCUCUGUGUCCCUGUCCACCGGCCCAGCAACCUGGAGCUACAGAUUUUGGAGACCAUUGAGAAGGUGUUUGGCCCCGAGGCGGUCAAUAAACACGCAAUGGUGCUCUUCACUCGCAUGGACCGACUGCCUGAGGGUGUUUCUCUGGACGAGUAUCUCGAAACAGAGCGGCCCGACUUGCUAGAGCUCGUGCAAAAGUGCAAGGACCGACAUCACCCGCUGCUUCUGGGAUCCAGCGUGGAGGAGCUGUUCAUGAAGGUGGAGAAGAUGGUGGAAGAAAGCGGGACACGCUUCUACACCUGCCCUCUGUUGCAGGAGGCAGAGAGGAGAGUGAAAGAGAAGGAGGAGGAGAUCUUGAGAAGCAGAAGAGGAGAAGGAGAGGAUGACUCGGAGGGAAUAAGGGCCGAAGCAGAGAAAAGUGUGAACGAUUUGAAGGUUGAGGGAAUUGCAGAGCUCUGCGUCUCCACACCUGACACCUCGUUCUUGCGCUGGUUGUGGGCCAGUGUGGUUGAGUGGCUCCUGUGGCUCCCAAAUAUGGUGAGGGGCAGUACUUUACUGGGGUCGAUCGUGGGGUUGUUCGUUGGGGGGCCCUUAGGAGGGGCCAUGGGAGCAACGGUGGGCUCUGUGGCGACGGAGGUGGGUAGACGGAAACAAAAAACCAAGUGAGUACUUGGAAAUUUGGUAACAGUUUAUAAACAGAAACAUUAAACAACAGAUCAGUUGUUCUUGAACAUUCAAAUAUGAAUAUAUAGUCCGCUACAGAAGUCAUUAUAAACGCUAAUUAAAUGUUUUUCUUUUGAGUACAUGCUUUUUUCACCAUUACAAAUUGUUUUUUAAUAGUGCUGUCAAACGAUUAAUCACGAUUAAUCGCAUCCGAAAUAAAUGUUUUUGUUUUCAUAAUAUAUGUGUGUGUUCUGUGUAUAUUUAUUAUGUAGAUAUAAAUACACACACAUGCACGUAUAUAUUUUGAAUUGUAUUUACAUUUAUAAUUUACAUUAUAAAUAAAUAUAUUUAAUAUAUAAACAUUUUUAUAUAAGCAUAUAAGCAUAUUUUUCUGAAAUAUAUACAUGCAUGUGUGCAUAUUUAAAAAUACAUAAACAGUACACACACAUAUAUUAUAUAAACAAAAACUUUUAUUUUUGGGUGCAAUUAAUCGCGAUUAAUCGUUUCACAGCACUAAUUAUUAACUGAGUCGCAUUGAACAAUUAAUAUUAAUUCCAGAGUUGUGGAUUUUGGUUUGUUCCCCUUUCACUUUAAUUACAGAAGCACUUUACACAAGUUUGUGUAAAACUGAUCAUGUUCAUGCUUGCUUGUUUUAUUUCUGAUCCAAAAAUAGUUCAGAAUACUUUUUAUUUUGUUUUAAAUGAAAACAUUCCAUUUAUAUCUGUUUAAAUUAGAUUUAGAAUUUAGAUUUUAUGUCUCUCUCUCUCUCUAUACUGUAUAUGCACAGCAAUUCCAACUAUUUGAAUGUUCAUUAACUAAUGAUCUGAUUAAGCAUAAAUGUUUGUUAAUGUUAUUCAAGAUUUUAUUCAAGAUUGUAUUUGUUACAUACAAGUUAUAUAACAUGCAACAAGCAGUGAAAUGUAGGUGAAAAAUAUUCCAAAGCAUUCAAGUGCUAAAAGAAUCUUCAUAGCUUUUCACCAAAAGCAAAUAUAACAAACUCAGUUUCUAAUUGUGAGCAGAAGACGGGUUAAAAUGCGUCUUUGAGAUCCCUUUCUCAGACUGUGCACCAUUAGUUUUGCACUUAAGCUUUUUUUGCCUUAAACACUAGAUGUUAUGUGUCUUGAGUUUAAAGGGCAACUAUUCAUAAGCACCGUAUAUGGAGCAAUUGAGUGAAUAUCACUGUCUUUACACUGUCACCAAAGAGCUGUAUUUCUCACAUGCACAAGUAAAAAUCACAGUAUCACUACCAAGCCUGAAGCGCUUUCUUUGAAGUGAGCAUUGAACUCUAAGCGCACUAUAAACUCAGGAUUUGUUUACAGGCCAUAAACAUCUCCGGAUCUAGGUGCAUAACAGUGUUUUUAUUACAUCACUGCUGCACUAAACAGCUGCUAUGGAACAAACGCAUGCUACACAUUUUCAGACUGAUCGCAUGAGCAUAAAUUUAAUAGCGCUCCUCGUGUAAGCGAUUCUCGUGUGCAAUUUUGCCACUUAAUUGGUUUGCAGUUCAAAUGUUUCUGCAGCUGUUCUGGAGAAUGAAAAUAAAGCGCCAUAAUGAAAACAA